UUCUCUCUUCUUCGCUUGGCUUCUUCACGCACCAAAAAUAUACAACCAAGGGGAACCCAACUCAACUUACUGACACGGAGAGAGAAAGAAAGAGAAAAUACAUUUUUCCAAACUGAGUUGUGGAAAUGGCGUCCAAGUUGUGUGACUCCUGCAAAUCAGCGACGGCCACUCUCUUCUGCCGGGCAGACUCAGCCUUUCUCUGCUCCAACUGUGACUCCAAAAUCCAUGCGGCCAACAAGCUUGCGUCGCGUCACGCUCGGGUUUGUGUGUGUGAAGUCUGCGAGCAAGCGCCGGCUCACGUCACCUGCAAGGCCGAUGCGGCGGCUCUCUGCGUCACCUGCGACCGAGACAUCCACUCCGCGAACCCUCUCGCUCGCCGACACGAGCGCGUCCCCGUGACCCCCUUCUACGAAUCCGUUAACUCAGUCCCAGCCGUCAAGCCCAAUGGAGCCGUCAACUUUCUGGACGAGCGUUACUUCUCCGACUUGGAUGGAGACGCUGACGUCAGCAGGGAGGAAGCGGAGGCGGCCUCGUGGCUGCUUCCCAACCCUAACCAUAAGGCUGUGGAGAGCCCGGACGUGAACACGGGCCAUUACGUGUUCUCGGGCAUGGAUCCGUAUCUGGAUCUGGAUUAUGGGCCUGUGGAUCCGAAAAUGGAAGCGCAGGAGCAGAACAGUUCUGGAACUGACGGUGUGGUCCCUGUCCAAAGCAAGAGCGCCCAAGCUCCGCUGGUUAACGAUCACUGCUUCGACUUGGACUUCACCGUAUCCAAACCCUUCGCUUAUGCCUACAACCCUCGCUGUUAUAGCCACAGUGUUUCAUCGUCAUCGUUGGAUGUUGGGGUGGUGCCAGAUGGUAGUGCGAUGACGGACAUAUCAAACCCGUGCGGUAGAGGGGCGGAGCCAACGCAGCAGACGGUGCAGCUUUCAGCAGCUGACAGAGAAGCGAGGGUGCUGAGGUACAGAGAGAAGAGAAAGAACAGAAAAUUCCAGAAGACGAUCCGCUACGCCUCCAGAAAAGCUUACGCAGAGAUGCGGCCUAGGAUUAAAGGCAGGUUCGCGAAGCGCACUGACAUCCAAGUUGAAGCCGAUCAUAGUAACAUGUACGGAUUCGGAGUCGUCCCUUCGUUUUAGAGUUAACCUCUCCAUUCCCCACCUCAUCAUCCCUUGUGGUGUAGUUAUAUUUUUAUGUUAAAUUUUGGGGUUUUAAUUCUCAAAUGCUUUUGCUUUUGUCCUGAGGUUUUUUGGGGGGAAGGAUUUGCGUUUUUAAUUACUGUGUUUUUAUCGCAGCUUUUGAAAUUGCUUUUGCUGUAUAUAAGUAGGUGAUGAAGAAGAAGGUGUUGUAAUCCAACUAACAAUGGAAUCUGGACCAUUGAUUUUGUACAAGUUUUUAUGUAGUAGUAGUCGUAGUAAUCAGUGUUUCUCUU